AUGAAAAAGGUUUGUUUUCAUGCUUUAAGUAGAGUUGGUAGAAAGUAUCCAGUUUAUCAAAGUAUUUUAUUGGUUUUAUUUGAAAAGUAUUUAAUGUCACCCUUGUCAACCAAUGAUACAAUUUGUAGUAUUCUAGUAGCUUAUUCAAGAUUAUCACAAACAAAUUCACAAAUUAGAGCAAUGUCAAUGAAACGUUGGUUAGAAGCAACUGAAUCAACAAUUCCACAAUUAAAAUCUGCUGGUAUUUUAUCAUUAGGUUAUGCUUCUUGUCCAACUGGUAAUAUUAUUAAUGAUAAAAAUAUUGAAUCAAUUUGUUAUAGUAAAUCAAUUGAAUUAUUACAAUUUCAUAAAGUUGAAGAAGUUUUAGAAGAUGAUCCGUGGCGAAUGGAGAAUGUUUAUCAAGUUCAAGUAUCAGCAUGCAAAGCAUUGGGUUUGUUAGCAAGAACGUCAACAUCGGAAUGGUUACCAAAGAUUUCAAAAAUUUUUAAAACCAUUCUAUCAAGCCAUAGAUACGCAGCGCCAGUUAAAGCCACGGUUCUAUUAAAUUACGGUCAAAUCUCUUACUACUUAAAUUCAUCAUCACCCUUUUUCACGCCACUAAAAGUGUUAUUAUUCGAAUUAUCAGCCGAUGAUAAUAUUUCAAUAUCAGCACCGUCUUGCCAAUCGUUAACUAAAUUUGCAUUAUCACAUGACAGUAACUAUGCAGAGGUGAAACAAAUCAUUCGAUCCAAAUUACAAUCUUUGACUUUAAAAUCAUGUAAACAAGAACAAAUUGAAGGUUUCUUAAAAACUUGGUGUAAAUUAAUUUCAAAGAAUUAUAGACCAAUCUUAAAUCAAUGUUCAUCAAUCAUUUCACCAUUAUAUAGUGAUCUAUAUGAUCAAAAAUCACAAUUAUCAAAUCAAUUAUUAUUAUUAAAACAAAUUCAACAACAACAACAACAAAAUAAACAACAAUUAGAUUCAUCAAUAUCAUCAAUAAUAACAGCAACAACAAUACCUCCUACUUCUACUUCUUCAACAAUACCUAAUACUACAAAUAAUAUAAAUAAUACAAAUACUACUACUUCUUCAUUACAACAACAACAACAACAACAACAACAACAACAUAGUGAUAAUGGUGCAAUUAAUAUUACAACUAAUAGUAUACCAUUAAAUUCAAUACCAGGUGGUAUUAAUAAUUUUAGUGAUGCAUUUAAUAAUUAUCAACAAUUAUUACAACUUUGUAAAUUAUUUUCACCAUUAGUUAUUCAAUCUUGUUUAUCGUUUUUUAAGAAACCAUCAUUGUUGGAUCAUCAACAAUACAAGAAAUCAUUAAAAGAGAAAAUUCAUCAACAAAAGAUUAAAGGUUAUCAAAUUUAUUCUUUCUUUCAACAACAACAUCAAGAUCAAUUAGAACAAUCCUUAAAAGAAUUAAGUUCAGAUCCUUUCAAAAGAGAAACGUUUUUAACAAUUAUUGGUAAUCCUGAAAAUUUAGAUAAUCAAUCUUUUAUUCAAAAAAUUAAACAAUCUUUAAUAGUUGUCCAACCAAAUUCACCUUUAAAUUUACCAAAAUCUUCUUCUUCUUCUUCUUCUUCUUCAAGUGGUAGUAAUACUAAUACUAAUAUUGCUAAUAAUAAUAAUACUACAACUACUAAUACAUCAUCUUCUCCAAAGGAUGAUUUAUCACCAAAACCUUCUCCAACCAUUUCAAAACCUGUUGAUCCAAGAUUAGAAAAAAGAAAUUUAAUUGGUAAGGCGUUACCAUUAAUUGCUACUCAACAACAAGGACAACAAAUUUUACCAUCACCACAAUCACCUACUAGUAUUCAAAAUCCGACCAUUCCUACUACUACCUCAACUAACGCUACUACUACUACUACUACAACUACUACUAAUUCCUCGUCACCAUCAUUCUCUUCCACUUCUCCCAAUAACACGAAUACAGUACCAACACCAAUUCAACCGGUAACAUUUAAAAAGAAUAGUAUUUUUUCAAAAUCAUUACCUUUAAUUGGCCAACCAACUUCUUCUUCUUCUUCAAUCUCUGCGACAUUGGCUGCUGCUUCUGCUUCAAUUAAGCCUUCUGUAAAUAAUUCAAUAUCGGCCACAUUGGCUGCUGCAACUGCAACUUUACAAACAACAACAACACCUUCACCUUCAUCUACACCAACAUCUACACCAACAUCUACACCAACCCUAACAACAAUACCAUUAUCCUCUUCAACUAUAGCUCCACCUGUCGAUAAUAUGAUACCUUCUACAACAACUACAACACCAAUGCCAUCAACAGAUUCAACUAUAGUCAUUCCACCAUCCACUAAUUCUAAUUUAAUCAUGGCAACAACUACGAGUCCCAUACCUGAUGUUGAAAUAGUGGAAAAGAAAAAGAAUUUAUUUUCCUCAUUACCUUUAAUUGGACAAAAACAAUCCUCGCCAUCCAUAACAAAUACGAUAAUAGAGACAACAGCAAAAAUAGAUUCACCAAAAAAUGUUGAACAAUCAAUACAAACAACAACACCCACUACUUCAAUCAAUGAAAAGAAAAAGAAUAUUUUCGCACCACUUCCAUUAAUUAGUCAACCAUCACCAAUCCCAAAUAAUAGCAUCAACAACACCACUACUACCACUACUUCUAUUUCCACCAUAUCACCAUCUUCCCAAUCCCCUAUAUCUUCUCCUAUCGUAUCAAAUACUACUACUACAAUACCAAUUGGUGAUACUACAUCUAAUACUACCACUACACCCACUACCGAAAAGAAAAAGAAUCCAUUCGCCACACCAUUACCAUUGAUCGGUCAAACACAAAUACAAUCACCAUCUAAACAACAACCACAAUUACCAAUUAGCAAACCAAUACCAAAAUCAUCACCACCAACUGGCCAAAAUAUUUUCUCAAAACCUUUACCAUUGAUUGGUGGUAGCAAUAAAGCAACUGCAGCAGCAAAUUCUUCUAUACCAUCAAAUGCACCACCAAAGAAACCAUUAUUGGAUAUCUAUCAAUUACCACCAACUAUUGUCAAUACUAAGAAAGUACAAACAAAAAGUUUAAAUUCUCAAUCAUUUGGCGUUAAAUUAAUGAAUCAACAACCAAUCAUACCUUCUGUGAAAAAGUUACCACCACAAUCAAAUAUCUUUUCAAAACCUUUACCAUUAAUUGGUCAACAACAAUCUAUUAAAACUCCAACAACAGCAGCAGCAGCAACAACAACAACAGCAACAACAACAACAACAAUAACAACAACAACAAAAACUUCUAAUACUACUGAAUCAUCAAAAAUAACAUCCUCUGAAACAGAAUCUUCCACAGAAUCUUCUACAGAUACAAAUACUGUAUUGCAACCUCUUACUGCAGUACCAGCUUUAGUAAAAUCAAAUCAAAUUAGUAAUUCAAAUAUUGAAAAUGGAGAUAUUGUAAAUAUUAUAAAAGAAAUUUCAUCAUCAUCAUCACCAAUCAUCACAAAUAAAGAAGAAACUAUUUUAAGUGAUAAUAAAAAGGAAGAAGAAGAAGAAAAUGAUGAUAAUCAAGAUGAUGACCAAGAUGAUGAAAAUGAUGAAAAUAAUGAAAAUGUUGACGAUGAAGAUGAUGAUGAAGACGAUGAUGACAAUGAAGACGAUGAAGAAGACGAUGAAGAUGGAGACGGAGAGGAUGAAGAUGAAUUAAUGAUUGAUGAUACAAACACAUCAUUUGAUCAAUCAAUAUCAACUUCAAGUAAAAAGAGAGGUAAUACAUUAUUAUUAUCAGAUUCAGAUUCAGAUGAUGAUAAUGAAAAUAAUAAAAAAUUAAAAUUAAAUAGUGAAGAUUCUUUAAUUCAAAAUGAUAAUAAUUAUACCUCUGAUGAAAUUGAUAACAACAAUAAUAAUAAUAAUAAUGAUGAUAAUAUUAAUAAUAAUAAUAAUAAUAGUAAUAAAGUUAAUAAAAAGAAUAAAAAGAAGAAAAAGAAAACAAAGAAAGUUAAAAUUGAAGAAAAUAAAAAGAAAAUUCAAGAGAAAGUUAAAGAAAAGUCACCUAAAAAGAAGAAUAAUAAAAAUAAAAACAAUAAUAAUAAUAAUAAAAAGAAUAUUAAAAAUUUAACAUCACCAACUUCUUCAGCAAAUAUUGAAACUGCAAAAUUAUAUCAAGGUAUUGAUUUUAAUCAACCAAAAGAAAAGAAAGAAUUAACAGUGGUUUGUAAUUUUUAUAAGAUUGGUAUGUGUAAAAAAGGUAAAGAUUGUACAUUCAUUCAUGAAGGUCCUGUUGAAAUUAGAAAACCAACUGAAGUUUGUAAAUAUUUUAAAACUUCAUCAUGUGCAAAAGGUGAUUCAUGUACUUAUUCUCAUGAUUUAAAAAUUGAACCUUGUAAAUAUUAUAAUUCACCAACUGGUUGCACAAAUGUAAAUUGUCAAUAUGAUCAUCGUUUAAUUACACCACCACUACAACAACAACAACAACAACAACAACAACAACAACAACAACAACAACAACAACAACAACAACAACAACAACAACAACAAUCAUCAUUAUUUUCAAAUUCAAAUAAUAAUUCCCCAAUUUUAAAUUCUUCUUCAUUAUUAUCUUCCAAUAGUAAUUCCCCAAUUUUAACAAACACCACUACAACUACAAAUACAACAUUAUCAACAAAUUUAUCAACACCACCUUUAUUAACUUCAAAUUUUGAUUUCAAUUUCCAAGAUAAUCAAGAUGAAAACAAUUAUAAUAAUAAUUAUAAUAAUAUUAAUAAUAUUAAUAAUAAUAAUAAUAAUAAUAAUAAUAAUAAUAAUAAUAUUAAUAAUAAUAAUAAUAAUAAUAAUAAUAAUAAUAAUAAUAAUAAUAAUAAUAAUAAUAAUAAUAAUAAUAAUAAUAAUAAUAAUAAUAAUAAACCAUUUUUAUCAUUCCAAAUGGAUAAUCAAUAUUUAUUCCAACAACCUCUACAACAAGAUCAACAACAGCAACAACUACAACAACAACAAAACCAACAAUUAAAUGAAGAAUAUCAAAAUUCUAAUGAAACAUUUUAA